UUUACUUUUUACCUUUGCAGGUCGUAUAUUAUUGAUUGCAGUUGGCAUUUCUUUGGGCGUCGCAUGCAUCAGUGUUUUGAUUGUUGUCAUAAAUUGUUAUCGUGUCACGGCGCUAAAACGUCGUGCCACUGUCGCUCUAACAUUACCAAUUCCACUGUUGCCCGAAGAUCAAACACUUCUGCACACUGAGCCGGACAAUCCUGUACCCAUGCUAUCGGUACAGACUGCCGGCUACGCGGGAAUGGAGCGGCUCGGCGUUCCGACCCGCACAACACUUAACUCACCACCGGACGACAGAGGGCAAUAUAGCUGUAGAAUGCGCGUGGAUACGCUGCCGGCGCGAGAGAUUUUAGUACGUAGCGAAACUGUGAUCCGUAGCAACAACACUAGCAGUAGCAGCUGCUCGAGCAGUUGUAUGGCCACUGCCAACGGUAGUGGCAGUAGUAAUCAUCAGCAGCAACAACAACAACAACAACAACAACAACAACAAAUAUUACAUCAAGAACAUCACAAUCAACAUUCCCACCAUCAGCAGCAACAGCAACAGCAUCAUCACCAUUACCAACAACAACUACAACUAAACCAUAACCAGCAACAUUACCAGCGCAUGUCAGCGCAACAACAAGAACAGCAGCAGCAGCGGUCAGCGGGCCGCAAUGGCGGUGGUAGCGGGAGUAGCGUGCGCAAUGGCAACAUGCCAACACGCAGCAGCAAUACAAGUAUUAGCAACAGCAAUAGUAGCAGCAAUUUCAUGCGCGGUGGCAUUGAGGCGGCUACGCUCAAGUACGGCAACAAGGGUAGCGGGAGUGGUGGUGCUGGCGGCUAUGGCGCCAACAGCAGCAUAACGGCCAGUUCCUGUGGCAGCAAUAGUUCCUGCAAUAGUCGCAGCAUCGAUCACCAUCAGCACUAUCAGCAAGCGAAGCAGCUGAAGCAACAGCUGACGCCGCGCUGCCCACAUCAUGUGCCGCUGCCGGACAGCGAAUGGGGUCAGGAUCGCAGCUUGCAAAUACGCGCAAGCUAUCAGCAAUCGGAAAUAACGCGUUCCUACAUCAAGCCACCGCCGAAUAAAACCAUAAAAGACGUUCCAGAACAAUCAUCCUACAACUUCAGUGCGCUUUCGGCGCUCAGCGGUUCCAAUACGACGCUAUACGCGGUGCCAAACAGUUCGACUGUCGCGCAUACACAGCCGCAGGCGCAGCAGCAGCAACAGCAGCAACAACACAAGUCAAAGCCAAACGUGAUCACAAAGCUUUUCUCGCGCAAAAGCUCACCCAAAUCGCCUACAGCGCUGUCAUCAUCAUCCUCAUCCACGUCAGCGUGCUCCUCACUCGCAUCGUCCGCGUCGAUAUCGUCCAUGCCCGCAUCAGCAUCGUCCUCAGCGUCAUCGAUAGCGUCCGCAACUGGUGGUGCGAACGCUGCACCGACAGCCAUAUCGCCUUCGGCAUCCACAUCUUCAUCGGCUUCGUCGCUAUCGUCGGCGCCCUUACCAACCAUGCCAAUAUCAACGGCGUCAACAUUGAAAACGACCGCCUGCAGUUAUGGCGCCAAUUCAUUGCAAUCGUCCACGCCACCUUCAAUCACGGCCGGCUUAGCGCCCAGCACUCAACUGUUGACUACCAUCGGCGUUUCGCCCACAGCCACACCCACCACAAUUGAGCGCAUACCAACGCCGCCAUUGUCGGUGACUGUGCCCAUUGGUAGCUACCACCACCACCACCACCACCACCAUCAUCAUCAUCAUCAUCACCACCAGCAGCAGCGUUUAUACCAACAGCAGCAACAGCAAUUGCUGCUGGACAGCAUUGUUGCCGAAAGCGCCACACCUACAACAUCGCUGCAAUCGCUCAAAAGCAGCAGCUGCAAUCUGGCGACCACUGCCGGCGCUGUAGAGCGCAACAGCAGCCGUAACAGCCUAGUGGCAAUGGAUUGCUAUCCACCCGAAGCGGCGUCACCGCGCUCGCGUACACCAACCACAGCCGCUGAUGGCAACACUUGCAACUGCAAUUGCAAUAGUAAAGACUGCAAAAUUUGUGUGCCCACAACUGCAACAUAGCAGCAGCAGCAGCAGUAGCUGCAACAUGUUGCUGUUGCAAGUUCCACAGUAGAGGGCAUCGAAAUUGCGGAAAUUGCAUAGGCGGAAUGUGGAAAAGGAAACGUGGCGGUGGAGGCGUUGAAGUGAUAGAAGAAGAAUAAAAGACAAGGGUACAGCGCAGCGUGAAUAAGUUGUGCAUAAACUAGCAACAAAUUCCUGUAUGCGUAGGCGUGAGGGGGGACAAUAUGUAGGGGGGCAUAAAUGUGUAUGUAUAUUUGCUGCAAUAUGUUGUACAUUAGUUUGGUUUAGAUUUUUGGUUUUUUUUUUUUUGUAACACAUGUAUGUAGGUAUGUAUGUUGACUA